AUUUUUUUUAAUAAGAGUUACUCAGGUCUAAUUCCUUUAAUUCCAAUGGACAAAGACUGAAGUAACUCUGCACAUGUUUGGGCCGGCAUUCCCUUCUUAAGCACUUAGUAAAUAUACAAAAUGUGAAAAUAGAUCCUGUUCUCUGACCUCAAAUUCUGUCAUGCAGCUGAAGGGAGGCCAGAGAUCUGUCACCCUGAGCUUCAUUCAUUCUGUUCCGUUCUGAUUGGCUAAUGGCUCUCCUCCCGAAGGGCCAAUCCUCAGCAAUCACUGUCCCCAUGGCAACCUGCAAACCCAACAGAAAUCAGCCUGGACCAACUGUGCCGGAGGGCUGUCUUUUCACUUCCUCUGGCUUCUUCCUCGCUUCCUAGCCAAGUGGGGCAUUUUCUGACCCGACAUGUUCAACUUCAACCUGAGGACCAGCAGGAGCGGACGGGAGUACAGCCCAGGGGUGCUGAUUGCCAACUGGAACGAGGAUGUCUAUCUGGAAGAGGAUCUUCUGAAAGAUUUUAUAUAUAGAAGAGAAAGGGGAGAACUUUUAAUCCAGAGAUCGAACAAGCUGAAAGAAAACCUUUACAAAAAGGAGCAGCUUUCCAUUUCGAAAGAUGGAUUUCUUCACUUUGGAGACACGGUUUUGCUGGUGAGCCCCGAUGAAAAGUCAGCGAUGGAGAGUUCCCCCUGCGAAAGAGGAAACCUAUCCCUGGCAGUAACUCCAGAUGAAAUGUCCAUACACGCUCUGGAUGCUUUGCCAUCUCCCUGCGGAGUGAGCGCCAUCAGGCUCACUGACCCAAUCGGUCGGAACGCAUUUCAGAUUUUAAGCACCGAGGGGGCGUCCAUGGGAGACCCUCUGCGAUUUGGGCAAAAUUUUGGCCUGGGAGCAACGGGAGGAUUUCAUGAUCGAAUGCUGUUUCUAGCCAGCGACCACAAAACAUUCGAGAACAAGGCGAAGAAAUCCCUCCUUCAAGCUGUGUCCUUGACGGAUGAACUUUCCUACCUGGCUUCUUGGCAAGUGACUUACCUGGAUCCGCAGCUGCGCCUUGAAUACGAAGGGUUCCCGGUGCCCGCAAACAACACUAAGAUUCUCAUCACUCACUGCCACACUAACCAAGCAUUAGCUGUCCCAAGGACCUUCUGGAUGAGGACGUACUUUGGAAAGGAAUAUGAAGUUGUUUGUAACACCUACCUGGAUUCGCACAAAGCCGAAGAAGAUAAGAAUUAUUGGAUCAUGGUUACUGGGAACCCCAGCGACGGAUCAACUACAAUGUUUGAUAGACCUCCGCCUCCUUCUGAGGUUACUCGAGAGAAAAGCAGUGAAGUCCAAACAGCGACUUAACUGCCCAGAGUUUAAUUUAAAAAAACACUUUCGAUAGCACUUUGUUUAAAAAUGAAAACAUGAAUGGUAGUCAGGAUUCUAAGGGAAUGCCGUGCUGUUUUUAUUCUAAACACUCCCGAGAAGGUAUUUCUAAAUAUGCACAGAAGAAUAUUUCUAUACAGAAAUAUACAGAAUAUUUCUAUACAGAAAUUUCUAUACAGAAAGAAAAAGUAUAUACAAUGUUUCCAUCCUGUUUUUUUUUUUUAACAAACGAGUGGAGCAGCAAUACACUGUAAAACAAAUUCAUAUAUUUUCUAAAGAAAAAAACUAUUCGAGCAAUCUUGGCGUUGAACACUGUUCUGGCCACUAGGCGGCACCACCUUUUUAAAGGAAAUUCCAACUGAUAUUACAAGAGAGGCCCAAUUCAGUGUAAUCUAAGGUGGAAUAUUGCCUCCUAUUGGCAAAACACAUCUUCCUUAAUCCGCCUCUGCUGGUUAGCGUGGAUGCACGGGGCAUCUUUUUCAGAGCAGGAUUGAUUUAGCUAUCUACACUUUGCUUUUCUCUCCAAUGGUAGGUAUUUAUAAACAUGCACAGAAGAAUAUUUCUGUAAGAAAGAAAAAAAUACCAUUUUUCCAUCCUGUUUUUUUUUAAAAAAAAAAAGAUGAGUGGAGCUGCAAUACGCUGUCCACAGAAGAAUCUACAGAGCAGGGGGGAUUUAUUUCGCUAUCUAUGGCUCCUUCCGCACAUGCAGAAUAAUGCACUUUCAAACGGCUUUCAGUGCUCUUUGAAGCUGUGCGGAAUAGCAAAAUCCACUUGCAAACAGUUGUGAAAAUGGUUUGAAAAUGCAUUAUUCUGCGUGUGCGGAAGGGGCCUAUGUUUUUCUUUCCAAUGGGGGACUGCAAAGCAGAAUAUCACACAACAACAGCCCUUAGGAAAGAGAAAGCGAAUGGUGGAUGGUCACCCGGUGAGUUUCCAUGACCAAGUCAGCGGCUCCGCAGGGAGAAAAGUUUGAGAGGAUGGCAGAAUUUGCAGAGGAGAAUCACCAGACAGACACUAGAAGAGCCAUUCCCAUUAGGGAGACAGGAAGGUAGAAAGAUUCUUUCCGAUUCCCUUCAGUACCAGGAAUCUUCAAGAAAGGAGACAAACUAGUCACACUGUUGUAAAACUCACAAGUUGCACAUUCUUACAAUAUUUGAGUCUGGUCUGCUACAGGAUAGACAACCAUGUUCCCUUUACCAGGAAGUGUAUUCCAUCCAUGGUCCUCUUGCUCACUUCCCCUUUUAUUGUUGGCAUUUUAUUAUUGCAGUUGUCCCUUCCAGAUCGCGACUUUCCCCAUCGUGGUUGCGGUGUAUUGGUGUACUCUCAUUGGGAAUUUUGACAACAUAACCAUUUAAUAAAAUAAAACGAACAGCUGCAAAA